AUGGAUAGGGUCAAGGGGGGACAGUUAUACAGAUUUCUUCUCUUAGGUGAUGGAUGGGGUUUCCGGGGAAUGCAUUCUACGGGUGGCGUGCGCAUGAACUUCACUUCGACCAGUGUCAAGGCGACACCACAGCAUCCUGCCUAUGACCACCCCAGCAGUCCCCUCACCCAACUGCUGGAAUAUGUGGCCAAUCCAGCGUCUCAGGACACCUGGUGCGAUCCCGACAUCUGCGCACGGCUCCUCGUCAACAACAUGGUCGGCCAGCAAGAACGACGGCUCUCUGUGUGCUUGCUUAUGGGUGCAGAGACAAUUAUCUUGAGAUGCGGUGAUAUCAAAUGGACACUCAAGGAGAUGGAUGACUGA